AUGGUCAAAGCUAUGAUGGAUGACUUGAAGGAUGAUGAAGGAACGACUAAAAAGCUUAAUUUUUCACAUUAAUACUUUAUCUUCCAGCACACUUCGGUAUUCUUUGUAUUUGUAGGAAGUAACGAGUUAUCAGUUUCUAAGCUAGAGAAUUUUUAUAUGGAUUUAAAGAAGGAUUUGUGCAAAAUAUGUCGGAAUAAACUAGAAACGCUCUAAGAUAUAGAACUAAAUGAUGGAUUUUAUCAACGAUAACUACAGCCAUAGCUAGAGUAAAGACUUACACAGUAUUAGAGUUCGAUAAAAGUAGAUAAGAUCCGAAUCGCCCAUUCAAAAUUGAAUUAAGCAAAAGAUGAAAUGAAAAAUAAUUUAAUAGAAAUGAGUAACAAUGUUGGGAUGGUCAGAGAUGGGUUGCUAGUUGAUGCAGCUGAGAUCAAUCUACAGGCUAGAAAGUUUUAGAAGGGGGCUGCUGAUCUUGAAAAAGAAGCAAAUAAAAGGAAUUUCUGGGCUUUUUCACCGAAAUGUAUGCUAUUUGCGGGGGGUACUGGAGGUGCUGGUGUAGGCGUUUACUUCAUCAUCAGAGCUUUGAUCUUCAAAUGA